AUGCGUUCUCUGCAGUCCCGCGAUCGCUUAACUGUAACAGAACGUGAAGAUCCAGAUUCUUAUACAGCAGAAAGGCGUUGGAUUCUUGGUUCCAGGCUUCAACCUGUUUCUCCUGUUGAAAAAGUGAUGAGACUUCCGAAAAACACUACUCAUUUCGUCCAGAACGGUCCAUACUCGAUCACCGUCAACGACUACAAAAAUUUAUUCUUACAAGUAACUCGAACAUCCGGAAAUAAAGCCGAAGAAAUUAAUUUAGAAUCAAAUGUUGAAAUUAUCAUUCCUUCUCCAGCAGAAGGCUACUUCCUUGUAUCACUCUCUAAUCAACCGCUUAGACUCAUUGAACCAGAUGGAAGGCAGCGUCGUUUUCCUCAAAAUACUUUUCAAUUGACAACAACUUCAUUCGAAUGGAUAGAUAACAGAGAUAGUCUUUUACUCCUUGCAGGCACUAUGUUCGGUCACAUCGACUGUUUUACAAUUACACGAAGUAAUAUCGUAGAUAAUCAAUUUAUUAUUGACGAACACAAAGCUCCUAUCUCAUCUCUUGCCUAUUUAGAGUACCAUGGUGAGAAAUUCAUCUUAGUUGGCACAUUCUUUGACCUAAUUAUCCUUAAAUGGAGCGAUUACACUAAAAACCCUGAACAUUACAAGACAAUCGAGCGCAUAAGCGAGAAAAAGAUUUGUAUCCCAUCGUUCGUCAUUACAAACCAGAAAUACAUUGCUUGGCUGACAAAUGAAGAUCUUCGAGUGUUUACUCCCGAACAACUACUACAUUCUGACAAUGAAUGCAAGCGUAUGCCAUUCGAGCAUCUCAAGCACAUUAUCCAGAUCGAGCCACAGAUCUUCCUUUCCCAAUUAAACCGUCCAUGCGUUAUGAGUAAACACCAUGUCAUUAUUGCAGCGCCAAGUGUGGUCGUAGGCUUCGAUUUGAAGACCCUGGAAACCGCUUUUCGCUUUCCAUUCACAAAUACGAUUACUUCGAUGUUUUUAACGCCAAAUCUACUUUCUAUUGUAACUACAUCACACUUAUACAAGAUAGAUCUCGCAGACGAACGAGAAAUCUCACCAAUUGUCUUAGUUUCGGAUGUAAAAAAUCAGAUGAUCCAAAAGAAGCAAACAAGCGAAGGCGUUACAUUGGCAGAACUUCUUUCGGCUCUACUUGAGAAUAAUGACUUCAAAGGAGCAAUACAAACACUACACAACGCUUUAGCAAAUAUUCCACUUCCGAAAGUCGACGACAACGAAAAUGUACCACUCAGCGAAGAAGCUGUAGAAGAAAUAUGCAUAGAAUUCUUACUUUACGAGCUCAACGUCAUUACAUUAUGCAAUAAAGAUGAAAAAGUCGACUUAAAACCAUCGAGAGUAAUAAAUACGAAUGGCAAAUACGAUAUGCUAGCCUCUCUUGCACAUCUGCUUCGCCUCAGAGAGUUCUCAAGAGCAGGAGACAAGAUUCGAGAUGAAAGUGUCAUUACUUCUCUUGGUAGAACCGAAACCGCGGUUGCAAUGUUAUUAGAAAAGGCAUACAGCCAAUCCGAGCACGACGCCCAUAUCCUAAGCGCUCUUAAUUCUGCAUUAUUGAUUCAUCCAGACGAACAACAGUAUCUUGUAGAGUCAAUCAGUGCAAAGAAGCGCGAGGAAGCAACAUCUAUACUCGAAAACAACUCCGCCGCUUUCAGCGAAGCCAUCCUUUGCUUCUUAAAACCUUCAACUCCGAAAGAUGUCGCUGACAAAGUGACUUCCUUCAUUAGCGAAGAUCGUAAACGCGAUAUAAUAAAAUUACUGACCCAGAAAGGUCUCGACGACAAGCAGAAAGACACAAUUGUCAACGCAUUAGAUAUCUUGAUCGAAAUUGCCGAAAAAGAGAAGCUCCCGAGCGUAAUUAUGCGUUACAGAGAGAUCGUUGAGGACCACUGCAAGUCCAAAGACAUCAACGACAUGAAGGUUCUCUCAGUUUUGAAUUUUUCAAUGCCAUAUUUGCCCGGCCAAUUAUCUACGAAUAUGUGUCUUGCGAUUAUUAAAGACAUUGCGACAUCGAAAAACAAGUUUUCUUCGAUUGAUAUCGCAUUAUGGAACUUGGCAUUGGCAAAUGACGAACCAGCGGCCAAGAAGGACGAAGAACUCCACAAGAUGAUAAAAGAUGUCACUUUGGAGUUCCAUAUUAACAAUGUUCCGGAGACUUUUGAGCAUUUAAUAAGGAGAGGAUUGUAUAUCUCAGCUGCUGAUGUUGCUUUACAGGCAAAGAUGUAUUCCAAAGCCGUUUACGCUGUUUCCUGCUAUCCGCAUGAAGCAGAAAACAACAGAAGAGAAAUAUUAAUUCGAAGAUACAUCAGAAUGACUCCUAGAUCGAUGUGGCAGGACUUGUGCAAGAAGUACAAUGUUUCACAUAUCGACGAAGAGGAGAAAGAUGGAGAAGGACCAAGCCAAGCAAGAUUAGUUGAAAAAUUCAAGGAUUUGCGUCAGAAAAUCAAAGAUUUGAGGAACAAAGCGGCCGAAUCAGCCGAUUUCCUCGAGCAAAUCAACAAUUGGGGUGACGUUUUGCCUCAAGCAAGCGAAAGAUGCGCUGAAUGCGGAAAACAAAUCGGAACAGAACAGGCUUACGCGUUUUCAUGCGGACAUACAUUCCACGCAAGUUGUAUGAAGGCUGCUGCGUUCGAUACUUUGUCUGUUUCGAAUCAGAACAAAUUGCUGUCGUUUAAAUCAUCGAAAUUGACACCUGAAGAGAGGAAAAUCGUUGAGGACAUUCUCCUUGACGACUGCCCAAAGUGCGGAUUGGCUUCUGUGAAUUUGAUCAGAAUUCCGAUUGUAACUAAAUCGAGAUGGGGACUUGAGUAA